AUGGGUUCGACAACAAACUCAUCGGGGAGCAAGGUCCCAGCUCAACUGCUGGCUGACCCAGCUACCCUACGCCACGAUGCCGAGGCAGGUGAGGAUGUCGCUGCGCAGAACAACGCACUCCGCGAGAAGAGAUUAAGGGAAUUGUUCAUGGAGCAGCAAUCGCAGCCUCUUACCAUCCACAAAUUCACGCUUCAUGGCGCAAACCACACGCGGCCGACCUUCCUCGAUCCCAUAAUCCGGCCCCUCGUCGCGGACGAGACCAACUCCUCCUCGACUUUGGGCGAUGUCAUGCUUAAGCUCCGCGAUGUCGUCGGUAAGCUCGACCGGCUCGAAAUCUUUCACCCUGAGCCCAACGUCUGGCUCUCGAGCCCCGAUCCUGCCACCGAUCCCUCGUCUUCGCCCACAGAUGUCAAUGUCGAUUUGCGCGUUCGGGAACUCGGACGGUUCAAGUUGAAGACUGGAACGGAUGUCGGUGAUGGAGAGAGUUCGGCGUACGGUUCGCUUCUCUGGAGGAAUAUCUUUGGUGGUGCCGAGAUGUUGUCUCUCAACGCCAGCACGGGAACUCGCACUCGAUCUGCGUAUAGUGCCACCUUUAGUGUGCCCGUUCUGAGCAACCCCGACGUGAGACUGGCGAUAGACGGUCUAGGAUCUUCGACCCACAAGCCCUGGGCGUCUCACGAGGAAGUUCUCAAGGGAGGAAACCUCAGGCUGUCCUGGCUCUCGCCUCAGAGCGAUGUCCACUCAGUUGAGUACUCCGGAAUCUGGCGGCAAAUAACUGGACUGUACGCCGGUGCGAGCCCCAGCGUGAGGGCCGAAGCGGGCGACUCUGUCAAGAGCUCGAUUAAACACUCUUUCCAACGCGACCGAAGGGACAACCGCCAUCUUCCCCAGAGCGGAUACGUAGUCCGGUCGAACCUCGAGCUUGCGGGUAUUGGCCCUCUAGCUGGUGAUGUCGCCUUCGCGAAGGGCGACGUCGACGUCGGCGGUGCACUCCCCAUCUCCCUACCUGGUAUUCAAGGCCCAACCGGCAUUUCCCUAGGCGGUGGCUUCAGGUUCGGUAUGCUCUACCCGCUUGCUCUCGGCAAUCCUUUCGGCAGCAAGGUCUUGCCCAGCCGAAUCCCCGACCGCUUCCAGCUUGGCGGACCAAACGACGUCCGUGGAUUCCAGCUCGGCGGUCUCGGUCCCCACGACGGCGCCGAUGCCGUAGGCGGAGACAUGUUCGCCGCGGGCAGUCUUAACCUCCUCCUCCCCCUCCCCUACAAGGGCCCCGAAUCCGGACUUCGCUUCCAAAUGUUCCUCAACGGCGGACGUCUCGUGGCGCUCAAGAACAAGGGCAAGGGUCGUAACUCCGGUAGCCCCGCGCUAGAGCCCCAAACGGUGAGGGAUGGCAUGGUCAAGGCGUUCAAGGACAUCUGGCUGUCCGGCACGCCGCCCAGCCUGGCAGCUGGUUUCGGACUCGUGUACGGGCAUCCGAUGGCGCGGUUCGAGCUUAACUUUGGACUCCCGUUGGCGAUGGCCAAGGGGGAACAGUGUACUAAGGGUCUCCAAGUCGGCGUGGGCAUCAAUUUCCUUUAG